UGACAGGUCAGUCGGUGAGUUGUUUUUUUUUAAAGGGGGGGAGCCGUCAAGUUGGCGACACUGUCGUACUGUAGUCAGGAACCUGGGCUCCGUGUUUUGUUGAUUUUGUUGACUCGGAUCCGAAUUCGCGACGGUCAUUUCGAAGGAUAUCCAUCUCGGUCCCGCGCCUGACGGACGUCAUCCCGUUUUAAGACCGGACCCGUUUCGACCCUGUGAUGUGAUAGGCGGGGGGUCGAGACGACACCGAUCCGGCGACACCAGGACAGGGACGUUUGUACCAUCUCGACGGACCCCGAGCCGGCCAGGGCGACAAGCGUCGCCUCGACGACCCGGAAGGGCGAGCCGAUACCUUCGGACACCGAUUUACUUCGAAAUGGAACGGGAAAAAGGCCGACGCGAACUCUAUUAAGACUAGCCCUCCCCGAGUCGUUUCCAACUAAGAUAUGGAUAGGUAUGUAACAAGAAUUGGUGAUGUCACCAUCCAGAGGGUGGUGCCCAAGGAUGAUAUGGCACCUGAAUCGCACACGGGGCUCGAAGAUGAAGAAGAGGAGGAGGACGACGUUGAGGAGGAAGACGAGGAGGAAGAUGGGGAAGCCUACAAGGCAGAUGACCCGGUUCAAGAUGGCGCCAAUCCAUCCGACCAGGUUGAAAACAUGGAUGAGAGCAUUCCGUGCCACGAAAGUGCGGACAUUGACGGAGUCCCGGUCGAAGAGCAUGAGGUGCUUGAAAGCCUUGAGAACGCCAGUGGCGAGGUAGCGAGCGUCAUGGACAGUUCUGAGCUGCUUCGCAAUAUCAAAGAAGAACCCAUGGAACAAGACAUGGCCCAAGAUCCAACUAGCGAGGAAGACAGUACGGCGAAGGAUCACGACGAAAAAGAAGUACCUGAACACGACGAUGAAUCAACAAAGAGGAAACAAGACUCUGAUUUGGAAUCCGAAGUCGGAUUGAAAAAGAAGAAACAAGACGAGGACAAUGAGACUGAUAAAAAAAAAGCUUUGAACAUGAGGCGGAACAUUCGCGAAGUCAUGGAUGAAAACCAACUCGACGAGGCGACUCUCGCGGCGCAACGGCAGGAGAUGGAGCGUCUGCGUAGGGUGCAAGAUCAACAGAAAUAUCUCAGAGAUGUGCAAAGGCAGAUGCAGAUCAACAGGCAGAAUCACAAGACGCAGUCCCGCGUCAUUUCGCUCCUUCAGGGUAACACGUCGAUGUCUGUGCUGAAGGGUAAGUCGGCCGCGUUCGGUGCGCAGGCUUCGGUGCCCGUCAAACCGAGUGGUUCAGUAUCGCUCGUUAAACUCGGAUCCGAUGCUCCACCGCAGGUCCUGGACAAAAAGGUGCUAGAUGCGAUAAGGGGCGAUAGGUCACAGUCGCCUCCUUCCAACACCAAGCCAGGCCUAAUGAGGACGCUCGGUAGCAAGCACAUGGUCACACCGAGUGUAACCAUCGCUCCUGUCAAAUCGACUCCUUUCGCUAAAGAAAAAAAAGAUACACGUGCACCAGAUGUCGUUACGAUAUCGUCAUCGGACGAUGAUGAAGAACGAGGGGAGGCACGAGAGGAGCGGCCCUCUGAAGCAGUGACCCGGCUAUCCGAUGACGAUGACUGCAUCGUCCUCUCAGACCCAUCGGACGACGAAGAGGAGGCCGACGUCGACCCUACAAACUCUGGCAUGCACACGAAUGACCUUUUCAACACGCCGGACGAACAAGGCCGUGUCCUUAUCAACGUCGGCAAGCAGGAGGGCGAGCCCGAGAUCUUCCUUGCUCCACAAAUCGCCCGGAUAAUCAAACCUCAUCAAAUUGGAGGUGUGAGGUUUCUUUUCGACAACGUAGUGGAAAGUGUUGAAAGGUUCAAAAAUUCCACUGGAUUCGGCUGCAUACUCGCGCAUUCAAUGGGCCUCGGGAAGACACUUCAGGUCGUCUCAUUCUGCGAUGUCUUUCUGAGGGAGACAACAGCGAGAACCGUAAUGUGCAUCAUGCCGAUAAACACACUUCAAAACUGGGUCGCCGAGUUCAACAUAUGGCUGCCGAUGGAUGCGACAAAUUCCCCGCUCGCAGCCCAGGGUGAGGUCAGGACGAGGGACUUUCGUAUAUUCGUUCUGAACGACUUCCACAAAACGAUUGUUUCAAGAUCUAAGGUCGUUGCCGAGUGGCAGAGAGAAGGAGGUGUACUGCUCAUCGGUUACGAGAUGUACAGGCAGUUGUCAUUGAAACGUUCCGGCCGAGUACGAAAGGGCAAAAAACGCCCUCCAGAUGAAGACAUGGAAGAUGAAAAAAACAAACCACUAAUUGAACAAAUGCAUGACGCUUUGGUCAAACCCGGCCCAGAUCUGGUGAUAUGUGACGAGGGGCAUCGUAUAAAAAACUCACACGCUUCUAUUUCGCACGCUCUGAAGCAGAUCAGGACAAAGCGUCGAAUCGUCCUUACGGGCUAUCCGUUGCAAAACAACCUACUGGAAUACUGGUGCAUGGUCGAUUUCGUCCGUCCGAAUUACCUCGGGACAAAGACCGAAUUCAGCAACAUGUUCGAAAGGCCGAUACAGAAUGGGCAGUGUAUAGAUUCGACACCACAGGACAUCAGGCUGAUGCGCUAUCGAGCUCAUGUUCUUCACUCUCUCCUCGAAGGUUUUGUACAAAGGAGGAGUCAUUCUGUGCUUAGGAACACACUGCCGCAGAAGGAAGAGUACGUUUUGUUAGUUAGGAUGACUCCAUUUCAAAGGAAGUUGUAUGACACUUUUAUGAAUGAGGUUGUUAGAACUAAGGCCGUGCCGAACCCGUUAAAAGCAUUUGCUGUCUGUUGUAAGAUAUGGAACCAUCCUGACAUACUUUACAACUUCCUCAAAAAGAGAGAGAUGGACGAGCUUCAAGAUCUGGACAUAGAUGAGACGGCAGUCAUGGCGCAGCGUGCCGCCGGCCAGGAAGCGGCGCAGCCAACGUUGUCGCCGCGAGGCCGCAAAUCGGACAAGAAGGGCAAAGGGGGCAAGAAAGCCCAGGCGGUCGCCGUACCAAUGAAAUCCCCUGUUGUCGCCGCCGUCCCUCCUACGACUUCGCAGUCACAAGUCGAGGUGAAAACCGAGGAGUCGAAUACGUUCGACGGCUUCAACUACUACCAACAGUACAACAAUAAUUCUCGCAAUUUCGAACAGCCGCCUACGUCUUCUGCGCCAACUUCUUCAAACUACAACUAUCAGAAUUACAAUUACAACUAUAACAAUUACAACUAUAAUGAAAGCAAUUACAAUUAUAACAAUGAGUACAAUUAUAAUAAUAAUUAUUAUCAGCAGCAGCAACAGCAACAACAGUCACCUCAAGGGCAAGGUUAUAAUUAUAAUUAUCAAGGUAGGCAGGUCAAAACGGAACCGGGAACAGAAAUUGAUUUUAAGAACAUCAAAAAAGAAGAGAAGAAAGAAGACGUACUUAAACAGACGUUCUGCAGGGGUUUAAGUGGUGGCGAGGUAGUCUUUAACCAGUCUUCGUACCAGAAUCAGUACGAGGAAAGGGCGCCGUUCCAAGGUGGGUUUGAUUUCAACCAGUUUGGCCAGAAUUUCGGAAGCAGGAACCAGUCGAGUUUUAACUGGAACCAGGAGUACGACGAGUUCCAAGGCGAUAAGAAGAAAUCGCCUGGAAAGAAGGCAAGCCAGGAGAAGAAAGACUCGUUCAUGCAGGACGAGUAUUAUAGGAACGACGCCUUCAGUGGGGAUUACUGCACCGACAAGAAACGUGAGAACCAGGUAGGUAUGAAUUUUGAUACGGGCCUAAUGGGUCAGCAGAGGGAGAUGCAGCAGAAUUUUGGCUAUCAGAAGGACGAGAUCAAAUGCAAUCAGAGAGGCCAGUACGAGCAAGACAUGAUGCAAAAUCCGGUCAAUGAACAAAAUCAGGAUAUGCAGAACGUUCAGAUGAUGGGCAGUGGGCUUAACAUGCCAGGGAAUUCGGGUAUGCAGAAUCAUUCAGCGUAUCAGCAAGCAUCAGGUUAUCAGGGCAGUCAGAAUCAGAUAGACAUGCAAAACAUGGCUGUUCAUAAGCAUAAUCAGAUUGGCUACGGGAAUCAACAGCAACCGGCACCUGCGCAGGUUCAGCACCUGCCGGCGAAUAAUCCCACGGUGCAAAACCAGAUGUUAGAUCAAACCGGUAGCCAGAAUUCGACAAGUCAAGGUGGACAUCAAAUGGCGCACCAUCAAGCCAGCCCGGGUUCACAGAUGCACAUGGGUCAUCAUCAGAUAAACAGUACACAGGGAUUGGCUCAGAACAUCCACCAUCAAGGCGUGCCGAUAAACGGUGCGAACACUCAGAACCAAGUUCAAAUUCAUCAGGCCGUGCAGGGAACGCCGAAUCAGUCAGUGCAGGCUCACCAGAAUGUUCAUAUGAUGAAUACGACCGUGAACACUCCGAACCAAAUGAUGCACCAAAAUAUGCCCGACUCUUCUGGUCAAGUGAUGCAGAUGCACCAAAAUAUGCCUAUAUCCGGUAACACGCUGAAUCAAACUGUGCAGAUGCAUCAGAACAUGCCGAUGUCUGGCAACGCGCCAAAUCAAUCUAUGCAGAUGAACAUGUUGAGCAACAAUCAAGGCAUGCCAAUGACCUCGAGUGCGUCAGUCCCACCGAAUCAAAACGUGCUGGCUCACCAAAGCAUACCUAUGACUUCAAACCCGACGAAUCAAGGGAUGCAGAUGCAGCAGAAUAAUUCGAGCACGGCCAUCACUCCGAAUCAGAGCAUGCAAAUCCAUGUGAACAUGCCGUCAAACAACCAGGGCAUGCAGUUGCACCAGAACAUGUCAAAUCAAGGCAUGCAUAUUCACGAAAGUAUGCCUAUGUCAGCAAAUGCUCUGAACCAAAAUGUACCGAUGAAUGCAAAUCAGUCGAACGUGCUGAAUCAAAUUGGCAACCAAAGUUUGCAAAUGCAAGCCAUGGUGCCGAACAGCAAUCCAAACAAUCAAACCUUAAUGCACCAAAGUGGUAACCUACCUGGUCAAAGUAUGUUGCACCAAAAUGGAAACAACACAUCUGGUCAGAAUAUGCAAAUGCAUCAGGGCAUGCCGAUUACUUCAAGCGCAUCAAUUGCGCCAAAUCAAAUUAUGCAUAUGCACCAAAGUGUGCCAGUAAACAACACUCCGAGCAAUCAAAAUAUGCAAAUGCACCAAAGCAUGCCUGCAAACAAUAAUCCAAACAAUCAAGGUGUACCGAUGACAUCAAGUGCAUCUAUUGCACCAAAUCAAGGUAUGUUAAUGCACCAAAGUUUGUCUACAAACAAUCAAGGCAUGCAAAUUCAUCAAAGUAUGCCGAUGACUUCAAACGCAUCCAUCACACCGAAUCAAAGUAUGCAGAUGCACCAAAACGUCCCAAUGAAUACAAGUUCAAACAAUCAAAGUAUGCAGAUGCAUCAAAAUAUGCCGAUGACUUCAAGCUCAUCUGUUGCGCCAAAUCAAAGCAUACAGAUGCACCAAAGCGUCCCGAUGAAUACAAAUUCAAACAAUCAAAGUAUGCAGAUGCAUCAAAAUAUGCCGAUGACUUCAAGCUCAUCUGUUGCGCCAAAUCAAAGCAUGCAGAUGCACCAAAGUGUCCCGAUGAAUACAAGUUCAAACAGUCAAGGUAUGCAGAUGGCUACGAGUGGAUCGGUUGGGCCAAAUCAAAGCAUGCAGAUGCACCAAAGCCCAAUGGGCGCACCAAAUCAAGGUUUGCAGUUCCACCAGAAUCCAACGAAUCAGUUGAAUCAAGGGAUGCCAUUACACGCAUCUCAUCAGCAGAACGUACCCCAAGGGUUGGCACAAACAAACCAGCAGAGCCAAGGUACGCAGAUGACACAAAAGGCAGAUGGCGGUACAAAGCCGGACGGCUACCACGAUUCGUACCAGGUCGACUACCAGGCCGAAAAUGACAAGAGAAGGGGUGAUUUCUACCAUCAGGGCCAGUACUACAACCAGAACUUCCCCGACUUUGCGAAUUUCCAGAACUCGUACUCGUAUGGCCCUCAGGCCGGGCCUUCCGGCCUCGGUAAGACGGAGCAAAAGGAGAAAAGGGGAAUGUCGUGCCAGACGGACCCGAUAGACAAGGACGACAAGGUGCCGUAUGACAAGGCCGAGACGGAAAAACGGCUUUUCGAACAGUGGGACAAAGAAGAGGGUGGCAAGACGAAAGACGAUGGUGCACCCUCUAAAGACAAAAAGGAAGAGGAGUCGCCCAAGAAACUGGAAGCCGCGCCUCCAGUGCACAAACCGGCCAAAGAAGAACCCGGAAUUCCUUAUGACUGGGCAACAGAACUGCUCAAAGGAUACGUCCCAGGUGAUAUAAACUCUUCGGCGAAGAUGGCAGUGUUUUUCUGCAUACUCGAAGAGUCGAUCGCGCUCGGAGAUCGUAUACUGCUCUUCUCGCAGUCGCUCUUCACGCUCAACCUCAUCGAGGAGCUACUACAACAACAGCAGGUCUACGGGAAGACGGAAAAAUGGGCGAAGAAUAUCAACUAUUACCGACUUGACGGCAGUACGACAGCAAUAGAAAGGGAGAAGCUGAUCAAUGAGUUCAACUCAAAUCCAAACCUUCACCUCUUCCUCGUAUCGACGAGGGCCGGCUCGCUUGGGAUCAACCUCGUCGGCGCCAACCGCGUCAUCGUGUUUGAUGCCUCCUGGAACCCUUGUCACGACACCCAGGCUGUGUGCCGCGUCUACAGGUAUGGCCAGAAGAAGCCUUGUUUCGUCUACCGCCUCGUCACGGAUAAUUGUCUCGAGAAGAAAAUCUAUGACCGGCAAAUUAACAAACAAGGAAUGUCCGACAGGGUGGUUGACGAGUGCAACCCCGACGCCCACCUGAGCAUAAAGGAGGUGACUUCGCUCUGUUGGGAUGACAAGGAAGAUGAGACGCUCAGGGACUUCACGGACCUACAGGACAGCUAUAUCGACGUAGUUAUACAGAAGGUGCUUCAGAAGCACUCGUCGCUCCUUAGCAAGGAGCCAUUUCAACAUGAAUCCCUUCUCGUCGAUCGAAAAGAGAAGAAAUUGUCCCAGGCAGAGAAGAGGCUGGCGAAGAGGAGCUAUGAACUGGAGAAACAAGCGAGCACGAGCACAUCGCGCCCUCCUUACUACAAUAAUCCCGUCAACUCGCAGGGCGCGAUAAUAAGGGGUCCGGACAAGCCGAUGGCGAGCGUUAGGCCGAUGCAGUCCGAAUUGAGCAGCCAACUGGUGAGGGACGGCGGGCCCCGUCAACGAGGCUGGAUCCCCGCGUCAGUCUGGCAGCGGCAAGGGAUGUCGGCGCAGGAGAUGACCCUCCCUCUAGACGUCGUCAUACCGACAAACGCGCCCGAUCGGUCAUCCAUCGUCCUCAAAGCCGGGCAAAAGGUGAUGGUGCUCAAAUCGCCGAAGGGGAUCUACAUGCAGCUCGAAAACGGGAAGAUCAUCGCGAUAAGGACGGCGUUCAAGGUCAAAGACAAGGAACAGCAACAGCAACAACUACAGCCCAAAAAAGGGUUGGAUGUUAGAGGGAGAGGGUCUUUACCAAAUUUGAGGAAUAACAACGUUACGAUAACACCGACGAGGCCUUCGCCGCACAGGCCACACCGUCCGGUGAGGGCGGUCGGGCCAGUCACGCGCCCACCGGUGACGGUGACGGUGACAAGAAAACGGCCCGUUGGGAUUCCGGGCGUUCCGGAAGCGCCGACCGUCCUCGAGGAGAGCGGCGAUUCGGACGAAGACGGGUCGCCUGCGGCCAGAGGGAAGGAAUACCCCGCCCAGCCGGUUAGCGGCGCCCCUUUCCCCGACGUGUUCCGGCCCGCGACGAGUGGGAGCGGCACGUCGUUCGAUCCUCCGCCCGACUACCCGGCGCCGCCGUACGACCAGCGCCCCGACGAGAUGAAAGGCCAGGAGAAGGGUUUCCAGCCGUACUACUACCCCCCUACGUCCAACUACUACAAGCCGUACGAGUACCCCGGGCCGAACCCGUUCACGGCGGCCGCGGUCGCAUCGUCGAGGAACUUCGACCCGUACUACCCUACGCCAUAUUACCCGCCGUUCAUGUCGUCGCAGUAUAUGAACACCGCUGGCCAGCCUCCCAGCCAGCCGCCUCCGCCGCAAUAAGACAAAAUUCAAACAGCACAGAAAUUAAUUUAAUUUGUACAAAAUUUUGUAAAUUUUCUUUUUUUUAUUUAAAAAAAAUGCUACUCUACAACAACAAAAAAUCAAGUUUUAUAUUUACAUGAUUUAAAAAAAUAUAAUAUUACAAACGAUAAAGUCUAUCGUUAAAAAUAUAUAUAUAAAAAUGUUACAAUUUUAUUUUAUGUAUUUUUAUUGUUUUUUAACAUAUUUUAUUCCUUUAAAAAAAUCCUUUUUGUUGAAGGUAGUUGUAUUAUUUCUUUUUUUUUUUUUUUUUUCAAUCUUAAUUUAUAUAAAAAAAAUACAAAGACCCGCCAGUUAGGUUAUAAUGCAAUAGAUAAGUCAUAAAAGCAUCAUUAGAACAAUUUAUACGUAAAAAACAUAAAAAAAAUACAAAAAAUCGGCUGUAAGUAGUUUACGAUUAAUAUAAAUAUAUAAAUUCAUUAAUAAAUAAUAAGAGGAAUGAUGUGAACGUGCUAAAAAAAGGAAAGAAAAAUACUGAAUAGCUUUCCAUCAACUUUCAUUGUAUUAUAAACUAGUGAGAAAGAGAGAGAGAAAUUGGAUGGAUAAUUAAUAAGAAAACAAUGUUAAAAAUUA